CCUCUCCUCCCCUCCUCCUCUCACCGCCAUCGCUGCAUUCUUUACAAUUACACUACAUCCCUUGCCUUAGAUCCAGGCCCCGCAUUAAAUCAAACGCCGUCUUUCUUUCUCUUGACUUGACUGGACUAUACUGGACUGGACUGGAGUGGUCUACCCAUAGCAUUCAGAAGAACCUUCCCCACCCCGACCAAUUACCGUCCAUCUCCCUCUAUUCUACAACACAACACCACACCAUACACUACAUCUCGAUAUACCUUACAUCAAGAUGUCUCCCUCCACGCAACUCCCCUUCAAAAACCCCUCCCAUUCCGACAAGCGUCGCCGCUUCCAACCCCCCAUCACCAGCUUCUUCUCCACCACCUCCACCUCCACCUCCACCUCCACCUCCACCUCGAACCCUGCCUCCACCGACAACCAUACAUCCCACCUCUCCUACAACCACUACGCCGCCUCAACCUGCUCCCCCACCCCCAUCGUGUCCGCUAAGGUGCAAGCCUCUCUCCUGUCCGUCGGCAUGCGCGUCCGGAAAUCCAUCGCGGACGGAUACAAGACGCAUCUGAACGAGAAGAAGCUUGUCGUCUCGGAACCUGUCUCCUCUUCCUCUGCACUCUCCGGCAUGAACAACAGCUCUGCUGUCCACCCGAACCCUAACCCUCUCGCCCACUCAAACUUCCCCAACAAUAACGCCGUCAUAACCACGGACGAUAACGACGCUUUCUCUCUCCCAUCUAGUAGCCAGGACUCUGCGUUUUCUCAGCCUAGCAGUCGUGGUGGUGGUGGUGGUGGUGGCCACAAGCGAUCCUACGAUUUCGAUCUCGAUGAGGAGAGCGGGGAGGAAUACGAUGCCGUGAACAUGAACAUGCACAUCUGGCAGGAUCCUUUGGGGAUGAAUCCUCUGACUCCCAUUCCGGGUCACUCUCGUUCUCAUUCUGCUUCCGCUACGGCUGCGACCAUGACAGGCCGCACGAUCCUCUCUCCGAAGCUGAAUCAGCAGCGACGGCGGUUCGUCGCGCUGCAAAAGCACACUGCUACCGGUUCUAUGGACGUGGACAAGGAUGAUGAUUUCGAGGAACCCGCUUUCUUGCGCAGUAGGGAGGAGGUCGAUUUGGAUUAUAGGCUGGGGAUGGGGCUGGGGGAGGUGGAGAUGGGCGGAAUCUCAGAGUAGAGUUUCUGUCUCUCUUUCUCAGUCGCUCUCUCUCUCUCUCUCUCUCUCUCUCUCUCUCUCUCUCUCUCUCCCUCUCUCUGUCUGUCUGU